AUGCACAUUCCCCACCCUCACCACCACAUCCCUUUCUUCCGCAUCUGGUACUCUACAACCUUCACAGUCCUCUCCCUCGUCCUUGCCUCCCUCCUCCUCGUCACCCCGGGCGACCACAUCUACGAAUCUUUCACAAAGGGCGAGAUCUUCCACAUCUUCAUCGUCGCGGGUCUCUACCUGCUUACAUUCCUGAUCGCAGUCUUCAUCUACGCGGGCAGGCUGUAUGCGGCGCGCAGUGCGCUGGCGGGUAUACCAAAGGAGGUCAAUUGGGGCGAGGAUCCGGGAAGGGUGGGCCGCGAGAUCCGGAAAGGGUUGGCUAGGAGUGCUGAUGUAUCUUACGAAUCGCAUCCGAGAGACCUGAGGGACGAGAAGGCGGCGCGGGGGCUGAGGAAGAAGGCGAGGUUGGGGAGGACGGCGGAGGGGAGGCAGAGUCCGGACACCGUGACCGGCUUCGAGCCCGCUUGGGGCGUCAUCUCGCACCCGGGCUGGUCGUCGCCCUGCUCGCCGGAUCUACCCAACUUACACUACGAACCGGUCGUCCGGGAGCUGUCGCAUCUCAUCGAGGCCAAGGCCGUCUCCCUCGCUCCCUCCGACCCUCUCUCCUCCUACGAGCCCGACCUCAACCUUGAUGGAGAAGAAGAAGAUGCAGAAGCGCCGAUACCGGAUCCGGUUGCCGUGGAGCUCUUACAGAGACCGGCUUCCAUGGGCUUGCGCGACUACUUGUCCCAUCUGGCUACGGUCGGUAUGGUCGACCUGGAACCCCUGGCAUCCGAUUUCGUGGCUCGAUACGAAUACGCAAGAUACUCCGGGGAAGAGCUUGAUGAGGGGGACUUCAGAGCCUUGAUGGGAGUCUUCGCGGAGAUUCUACGGGGCAUGAGACCGUUGGAUGUGGGUAUCGUGGACGAGGUGCGGGCGGAGAUGGCGGAGGCGAUGAGCGGCGAGAGUGAAGAUGGCGAUGGGGCUGGGUAUCGAGAUGCAGAGAGUAUCAAUACGACUGAGACGGUCCGACGCACACCGCAGCCGGAGACCUACUCCGCCUCUUCUUCUUCUUCUCCUUCUUCUUCUUCCUCCUUAGCUGGCUCUCGCAGUGGCAGUCAGGGCACCAUCCACACAGCUCCUUCUCGGCCCGUGGCUACUAGGAACCCUUCGAGCAGGUCCCGUCGCUCCGCCAAGAACCGUUCCGUUCAUCAACCCAGUCUGAGCUCGUUAAGGCGGGUGAGGACUGAUACCUCGAGUAGUGGGUAUUCAGCAAGGUCGAGGGCCGGGAGCGUGAUAAGGCUGAAGGAGGCGAGCGGGCCUUUGGAUUUGCCUUAUGCUAUUAUCACGGGUGAUGGGGAGGAAUUAUGA